AUGAAUAUAAUGAUGUUCCCAUGGCUUGGUUUUGGACACUUGGUCCCAUAUAUGACUCUGUCAAAUGAACUUGCAAAAAGAGGUCACAAAAUCUCAUUCUUGUUGCCCAAAAAUGCUGAAAUUAGACUUCAAAAACUCAAUCUUUAUCCAAAUCUCAUCAAAUUUCAUAAACUGACAAUACCUCAUGUUGAUGGCCUUCCAUAUGGAGCAAAGACUACAGCUGAUGUUCCUGAAUCCUUGGAGACACAAGAAAUUGGAGGUAUCAAGACUCUGUUUUACACUAUUUUUAGCCUGGCUGAAUUGUCUGUAUCACCGGAUAAGGCUACUUUUAUGGCAUCAACUGCAGCUGAUCUAGUAAAGCCACCACCAGAUUACCCUUCUACUACUGUGGUGUUGCGCGAAAGUGAAGCUAAGUUGUUAUCAUUUCUGUUUCAUGAAUAUGGAAAGGGGGUGACAUUUUACGAACGGGUGAAGAAGGGGAUGACAGGAUGCGAUGCAAUAGGUAUGAGAACAUGUAGAGAAAUUGAAGGAACCUUUUGUGACUACAUAGCAACACAUUCUGAAAAGCCCGUCCUUUACACAGGACCUGUCUUUCCAAGCCGAAAAAUGAGCCUUUAG